AUGGGCUGGCUCAUAAAGCUUUGCUCGAUCCUGCUUCUCGGCGCAGCAAGCUUAUCUGACGCUUUAUGGCAGCCCAGUCACGCUACGCGCAACAUCACCGUAGACGAGCUGCUCGUGUACGGUGUUGUCCCUGAUCCCGGGCCCAUACCCGCUGUAGACUGCGGCACGGACUGUGGCCCUUCUCCCCCCAUUUCUCUGCCACCUCCACCUCCACCUCCAUCCAUAGAUACCCACGGAUCGCCCAGGCAUGGCUUUAUCCAUGUCAACGGCCUCAAUGGCACCCCCAACGCUAGUAUUGGCGCCCAAAUUCCCGACGAGGAUUUCAUCUUCGCCGCGGGUACCUGCAUGAAGCGCAUCAGGCUGGCGUUUGCCAGUCGCGCUUGGCGCGGUCCAGCCGUGCGCGCGUUCUUCCUCACAGACGCGGAGACCCCACUCCAGGAUCUGAACGCACGCGGCGCAGCCGCUGCCGAGGUGCACUUCGGCGACACCUACAAAUGGCUGCUGUACGGCGAUGAUGACACGGUGUUUUUCCUGGACGCGGUCAAAGAGAUGCUGUCCCAGCUCGAUCUGGACCCCGAGCAGCCCAUCGCGCUGUCCGACAACCUAUGGUCCUUUGAACGCCACCCCAAUGCCAACGCGCCGCGCUGCCUGCCCUGCCGUACGGCCAACCAGAGCCUGCCCUCCAUGGAGAAGAUCUUUCUAUCGGCUCCCGGCCGGGCGGAUAUACGAGCUACCUACCACCACCAAAUGUGGUUACAGCAGCUGCGGGUAAAACAGCAGCUGCAGCAGCAAGGACAGGGGCAAGACGAGAAGGAGUCCGCCGCCGCCGCGGACCCCGUUCCCCGCAUUAGCAAGGAGGAGUAUCUGGCCUUUGCACGAAACACCACACAAUUCGCCACUGCACACGGCGGCGCUGGGAUGAUCUUCUCCGUGGGCCUUAUGCGCUCCAUCGCAUACCGUGACGCACUGGCGUGCUUUCUUACCUUCACACACGCGCCCGGCGGGGACCAGAUGGUUUCGGAGUGCCUCUGGCGCCACGGCUUCGCCUUCACCGAGCCGGGUCACGUUGUACGGCGCAAGUACGACUACCAGUAUGUCGUAUUCGGUGGCGCGCCACGGCUGCCGAUGUUGCUGGGUCUGCCGCCCCACGGUAGCGUCAUUGACUUGGACCGCAUUGGCCGGGGGCCGUUGUCGGUUGCGGAUGGGGCGUACUGCAAUUCGCUGUGUCGGUGGAUGCUGCGGCAUGCCGUGUCCUUGCACUUGAGCGCCCGGCUUAGCAAGGACGUUAAGGCUUUUAGGAAGGCCCCCGCCAUUGAGCAGGACUUGUAUUUGACAAGGCACCGGCGUCAUGUUUCACGCACAGCGUACACCGCCACACCCAGCUGUGCCCGUGCAGCAGGCCUCAGCCCUGCUCGCUCCUAA